CAUUCAUCACCAUUAUUUUAUCUCUUUGUUUAUUUGGAGUUCGCUAAUGUCUCUCUCUCUCUCUCUCAGCUGUCCCCAUUCAAUGAUACUGGAAGCUUGUUUUAGAAAUACCACUGCUUAAAACUAUUGGCUUGCCUAAACUAUUGGUGAAACCAUCACUGCUUAUUAAUUUAUUUCACUACCUUUUCCCUAUAUAUAUAUAUUGUAUGAGAACUCUUCCCAUAUGCCACACCAGAACCGCAAGGCAAGAUAUCAGUCUCUUUUCCUAGCUACUAAACAUUUCACAUCAAACCAGUUUCAGUUCUCUGUUCCAGUCCAUAGUUUACAAGAUAAAAAUGAGUUCUACAAGCAGAGCUUGGAUGGUAGCAGCAAGUAUAGGAGUAGUAGAGUCACUGAAAGAUCAAGGGUUGUGCAGAUGGAACUAUGCACUGAGGUCACUUCAACAACAUGCCAAGAACAAUAUCAGAUCAUAUUCUCAGCAGCCUAAAAAAUUGCUUUCUGCUGCUUCAAAGAAGCUGAGAGAUGAGAAGUUGAAACAAUCUGAGGAGUCUCUCAGAACAAUUAUGUAUUUGAGCUGUUGGGGUCCUAAUUGAAUCCUCACACUUGUUAAUGUAGUGCCAGUUUUGCAUUGAAUGUAUAUAUAACUGCCUUUCAUUAUUUA